GAUAUGUUUUAUCUACAAUAUUUAUCCUUUCUUUGACUGCCUGGUUGUGAAGUGAACAAAAUUGUAAACCGCACUGUGUUCGGUAACUGUGCGAUCCGGAGUACCUACUGGGUCUCAGGAUAGCUAAGCUAUAUGCUUCAUUUCCGCCAUGUAGGAUCAUUGGUAUUGUUCACAACACACACCGCCAAAUGUCAGAGCUAGACACCUUUACCCUCGCUUUGCCCUCGAAAUACGCGUCUAAGGACGCGUCGGCGAGUGCGCCCGCCACACAACCGAAGACUCCCUCGAUCGAAUGGCUCGAGCGAACCUGGACGGUCACACAUUCCACGCUGUCCAUGUGGAGGUCGGCGAGAAACGUCCGAAUUAGCUAUAAGCGCCUCCCGGCUAAAAGUGAUGGUCGCGCACGAAUCGACGACCUUGUCGAAUACGAACCGAUAAAAAAGACCGGCGUCUUGAGUAAAGUUGAGGGCGUGGACACCCAGGCUGCGGAUGGCAGUUGGAACUGGAGGGGCAAGGGUUGGCUUUUCUUUGUGACUAGCCACUGGGAGCUUCUAGGAUCUGGUGAAGUCAAGCUACCGAGCGGCGAGACAGAACGGUGGGCUGUGACAUGGUUUGCGCCAACCGUCUUCACUUCCGAGGGGCUUGAUGUCUACUGCGACAAGGAGGAAGGUAUCUCUAGUGAGACCUACAGCAAAAUCUCUGAAGCCUUGACAAAGAUUGGGGCUAAGGGCCUUGUUGAUAUGGUCAACAAAGAUAUGAAGCCAGUUGAAAUCAAGUUGCCGUGGACAAAACAAUGAAACAUUGAAGAUGCAAGGACGUUUUUGGAGGAUAUACCUUGGUAUAAUGCAAUGAAGUCUGAUGGGUAUCUAAAUAAAUAUAGAAAAUACAACAUAUUAACACAUC